AUGAAGACCUUGGUUCCUGAGGCUCUCCUCCUGCCGCUCCUGACAAACCUGGCUCUGACCAGGCACCCAGAGGGUUCACACUCACUGAGUACUUUUGUCACUCUCCUGACCUGGCCUGGCAUCUUGGAGCCACAGUUCAUCCGUGUUUGCUAUGUGGAUGGCAUUCAGAUUGAGAGAUUCAACAGCAGAGCAGAGACUCCAAGGUUGGAGCACUGUGCACCUUGGGUGGAUCAGCAGACACCAGAAUAUUGGGAGAGAAAUACAAAUGAUCUCCUGAUAUUAACACCGUGGUUCAGAAUCUGGCUGCAGAAAAUGCUCCACAUCUACAACUAUAGCACAACUGGAUCCCACACAAUCCAGUGGAGAUAUGGGUGUGAUGUGCUGCCUGGAGGGUACGUCAGCAACCGGUUCUCUGAAUUAAACUUGAAUGGCCAGGACUACCUGGCACUAAAUGAAGACAUGAUGACUUGGACCACAGUUGGCAAAGCAGCUGAGAUGCUCAGGCAAGAGUGGGAGGAGUCUGGUUUUGCAAGGGUAGUGAAGACUUAUAUGGAACUUACUUGCCUAGAGACUCUCCUCACACAGCUGGACUACGGGAUGGAGAUUUUGCUGAGAACAGUCAUCCCCAAAGUGCAUGUGACCCAUAAGGCCAGACCUGACAGGAAAAUCACACUGAGGUGCUGGGCCCUGAACUUCUACCCUGCUGACAUCACCCUGACCUGGCAGAGGCAUGGCAGCAACCAGACACAGGACAUGGAGAUAAUGGACACCAGGCCAGCAGGGGAUGGAACCUUCCAGAAGUGGGUAUCGGUGGUGGUGGCUUCUGGGGAAGAGCAGAGCUACACAUGCCAUGUGGUCCAUGGGGGACUGCCUGAGCCCAUCACCCUGAGAUGGGAGCCUCGACGGCCCAACAUCCCCAUCAUGGCUGUUGUUACUGCUCUGGUUCUUGGCGCUCUGCUCACAGGAGCUGUGGUGACUUUUCUGACAUGGAAGAAGAGGUCUAAAGGUAAGGAAAGAGCAGGGUCUGAGCUCAUGUCUCCUUGGGAAUACCAACCCAAGCUGUGGUGUGCCUGCACCGUGAGAGCUAAUUUCAUCUGCAUAGUUGCUUACUCAGCGUUCAGCUGA